AUGUAUUGGCAAAUUGAUGACAUUUGUCAAGCACCAACUCCAUCAACAAUUGAAUAUAGAUUAAAAUGGAAAAUGAGUCAUUAUUAUGUUCAAUAUAUGUAUGAAUCUAUCUAUCCAGUAGCUAUGCUCACACCUCAUCUAGCGAAUGUAACAGAUGAUAAUGCUCGAAGUUCACUUUAUGUUAUUAAUGAACUUUUCAAUGGUGCUACUGGCCAUUUAAUUUGUACAUUUCUUUCAUUAAAUACAUUUUCUAUUCGAUCAUUAUUUGUAUUUGAUGUUUCUUUCGAUUCACCUGCUUUGCACCAUGUUAUUGAUCUUGCAUAUUCAACAUUAAUGAGAAAUGCUGGUUGUUUGAAUAGUAACCAAUGUCUUUUUCAUUGUCAGUUUAAUACUAAUCAUGCAGAAAUCGGACAAACAUCAUUUUCAACACAACCGAAAAUUUAUGAAUUUUAUUAA